AUGAAGCAGGUUCGGCAGCAGCAUCUCCGGAAGCCAGUGACACCAGAUCUCCUGGUAAGCCCCAGCAGCCACGAUGGGGACCUGGGCUCCGAGUGCCCAGAAGACAGAGGGAACUGGACAGGGCGCCUGGAUUUCCUCCUCUCCUGCAUCGGAUACUGCGUGGGCCUUGGAAACGUCUGGAGGUUUCCCUACAGGGCUUACACCAAUGGAGGAGGAGCUUUCUUGGUUCCCUACUUCAUCAUGCUGGCCAUCUGUGGGAUCCCCAUCUUCUUCAUGGAGCUGUCACUUGGCCAGUUCUCCAGCCUAGGGCCACUUGCAGUCUGGAAGAUAAGCCCUCUCUUUAAAGGCGUUGGCAUGGGCACGAUCCUCAUCGUCUCCUUGGUGGCCAUUUACUACAAUAUGAUCAUUGCUUACGUUCUCUUCUACCUCUUUGCAUCCCUCACAAGCGACUUGCCCUGGCAGCACUGUGGCAACUGGUGGAACACCGAGCUGUGCCUGGACCAUCACGUCAUCAAGGCAGGGAACAACUCCCUCCCCGUCAAUAUCAGCAACACCGUCAGCCCCAGCGAGGAGUACUGGAGCCGGUAUGUCCUGCACAUCCAAGGAAGCUCGGGGAUUGGGGAUCCUGGGAGGAUCCGCUGGAACUUGUGUCUGUGUCUGCUCCUUUCUUGGACUAUUGUUUAUCUCUGCAUCCUUAAGGGAGUCAAAUCCUCUGGCAAGGUCGUGUACUUCACUGCCACCUUCCCUUACCUCAUCCUGGUAAUGCUGCUCAUUCGUGGUGUGACCCUGGAGGGGGCCUGGAAAGGGAUCCAGUUUUACCUCACACCCCAGUUUGAUCACUUGCUGUCUUCCAAGGUGUGGAUCGAGGCAGCCCUACAGAUUUUCUACUCCCUUGGGGUAGGCUUUGGGGGCCUCCUCACCUUCGCCUCGUACAACACCUUCCAUCAGAAUAUCUACAGGGACACCUUCAUAGUGACCCUGGGCAAUGCCAUCACCAGCAUCCUGGCAGGGUUUGCCAUCUUCUCUGUUUUGGGAUACAUGUCCCAGGAACUUGGGGUCCCUGUUAACCAGGUAGCAAAAGCAGGUCCUGGUCUGGCAUUUGUGGUGUACCCCCAGGCCAUGACAAUGCUCCCCCUUUCUCCAUUCUGGUCAUUCCUGUUCUUCUUCAUGCUGUUAACCUUGGGCCUGGACAGCCAGUUUGCAUUUAUGGAGACCAUUGUUACGGCAGUGACAGAUGAAUUCCCCUACUACCUGCGGCCAAAGAAAGCUUCGUUCUCAGCUGUCAUCUGCAUCGCCCUCUUCCUAAUGGGGCUCAUCCUCACAACAGAGGGUGGGAUGUAUUGGCUGGUCCUACUGGAUGACUACAGUGCUGGCUUUGGGCUCAUGGUGGUGGUGAUCACUACCUGCCUUGUGGUGACACGUGUCUAUGGCAUGAAGAGGUUCUGCCGAGAUAUCCACAUGAUGCUGGGAUUCAAACCUGGGCCCUAUUUCAGAGCUUGCUGGAUGGUCCUUUCUCCUGCAACAAUGAUGGCUCUGCUGGUGUAUAACAUUGUCAAGUACCAGCCUUCUGAGUAUGGCAACUACCGCUUCCCCACCUGGGCAGAGGUCUUGGGCAUCCUCAUGGGAGUCCUCUCCUGCCUGAUGAUUCCCAUGGGCAUGGUGGUGGCAGUGCUCCAGGAAGAAGGGACGCUGUGGGAGCGAGUCCAGCAAGCCAGCCGGCCGGCCAUGGACUGGGGCCCGUCCCUGGAGGAGAACCGCACCGGCAUGUACGUGGCGAGCCUGGCUGGCAGCCAGUCCCCCAAACCCCUGAUGGUCCACAUGCGGAAAUACGGGGGCAUCACCAGCUACGAAAACACGGCCAUCCAGGUGGACCGGGAGAUGGAGGAGGACGACGAGGAGGAGUCCAUGAUCUGAGGGGACUCAGGGUCCCAUGGGUGGGAGCUCACCUCCCAUUUUGCACAGGUUGCACUGCAGCACUUCAGGACAGCUUGGGGGGAUCUUUCAAGGAGUAGUCAGGAGCUGCUGACCCUGCCAGGUUCCUCAUCACCACCCUGGCCCUGCC